CCCUCACACCUUGACUCGCGCAAAUCCCUCGACUUCUGUGACUCGAUUCACCCUGCAGGCGGCGGCGAAGUAUAAGGACCAGAUACUAUAUCUAGCACCUGUCUGAAGCCUUCGCGUCCUCCUCUCUUCCUCUCCCUCGAUAACUACGAAAAUGAAGCGCGCCGUUACUUCCCUCUCCACCCUUCAGCGAUCGUCGCGCACGGGCGCCGCGCGAUUCAGCACUUCAGUCCGGGCUCAGUCCGGCCCAAGCACGCGCUAUACUGCCGCCACCCAUACCCCCUCCGCGCCUUCCCCUAGCGUCCGCGACACGCUAGCCACGGGAGAAAAGUACCUCCUCCCGGUCUACGCCCGCCCGCAAUUUGUGCUCAGCCACGGGAAGGGAUCGAAGGUCUGGGACACGGACGGCCGAUGCUAUGUCGACUUCAGCGCGGGUAUCGCGGUGAAUGCUCUGGGUCAUGGGGAUGAGGAGUUCGUGAAGGUCAUCACCGAGCAAACCUCAAAGCUCCUACAUACCAGCAACGUCUUCCACAACGAGUGGGCCCCGCGUCUUGCAGAGCUCCUCGUCGAGCUCACUCGGCGCGAAGGAGGUCUCGGCCUGAGCGAUCCCAGCGUCGGGGCCAAGGCUUUCUUCGCCAACUCGGGCACCGAGGCGAACGAGGGCGCGCUCAAGAUCGCGCGCAAGGUCGGCAAGGAGCGCUGGGCCGCAAAGACUGGCCGCUCCUGGGAGGACGGCGGCUGCGCCAAGACGCGUAUCGUGUGCUUCGAGCAGGGCUUCCACGGCCGCAGCAUGGGCGCGCUGAGCGUCACGACGAACCCCAAGUACCAGAAGCCGUUCACACCGCUCAUUCCGGGCGUGGAUGUGGGCAAGCUGAAUGAUGUCGCCGGGCUGGAGGGGUUGAUAGGGGAGGAUACGUGCGCGGUGAUCGUCGAGCCGAUCCAGGGCGAGGGCGGGAUUAACGCUGCGAGCGAGGAGUGGCUGCGCGCCCUGCGCAAGCGGUGCGACGAAGUCGGCGCGGUGCUCAUCUACGACGAGAUUCAGUGCGGCCUCUACAGGACGGGCUCCAUAUGGGCGCACUCGAAGCUGCCGCUCGACUGCCACCCGGACGCGGUGACGAUGGCGAAGCCGCUCGCCAACGGCUACCCCAUCGGCGCGGUGCUAAUGCGCGACUCGGUCGCGGAGGUGAUGACCGCAGGCACCCACGGGACGACCUUUGGCGGUUCCCCGCUCGCCUGCGCAUUGGGAUUCCACGUCCUCAGCCGCCUCUCCAGCGAGAACAUCGCGAAGCAGGUGCAGGAGACGAGCGCACACCUCGUCAGCCGGCUGCAGAAGCUACCCGGGUACUUCCCCACUGUAUUGCAGCCAGAGAUUCGCGGACGCGGGCUAAUCCUCGGGCUGGGGUUCAAGGACCCGGCGCACCCCGGGAAGGUCGUUGAGAUGGCGCGCGAGCGGGGCGUGUUCGUGCUUACGGCGGGGAAGGACGCGGUGCGCCUUGUGCCCAGUCUUAACAUUCCCAGGGAGGACGUGGAUUUCGCGGUGGAUGUAUUGGAGAGCGUGCUCGGCCAGCUAUAGUAACGUUAAGGUGCUGGCCGGUGGGUAGACAGGCUGUAGCGUGGUCCCUUGGCAAGCCAGUUGAUCAUC